GUGUUGCGCGGCGGCAGGGGAGGAGUCGGUUGCUAGGGAGACGCCUGCGAAGAUGGCUGCAGCAGCUUCGUCGGAAUCCAGCAGCUGCCGAGCUGAGAGUGAGGCCAGUUCGAAAUGGCUGGACGCGCACUACGACCCCGUGGCCAACAUCCACACCUUUUCCGCCUGCCUGGCGCUGGCAGACUUGCAUGGGGACGGGGAGUACAAGCUGGUGGUGGGGGACCUUGGCCCUGGUGGGGGACAGCCCUGCCUGAAGGUGCUCAAAGGGCCGAUGGUGCUGACUGAGAGCCCCCUGCCUGCCCUGCCGGCUGCUGCUGCCACCUUCCUCAUGGAGCAGCAUGAGCCCCGGACGCCAGCCCUGGCUCUCGCUUCAGGGCCUUGUGUCUACAUUUAUAAGAAUCUUAGGCCCUACUUCAAGUUUAGUCUACCCCAGUUGCCUCCAAACCCCCUGGAACAAGACCUUUGGAACCAGGCCAAGGAGGACCGGAUUGACCCUUUAACACUGAAGGAGAUGCUAGAGGGGAUCCGGGAGAAGGCUGAGGUACCUUUGUCUGUGCAGUCACUCAGGUUUCUGCAGCUGGAGCUAAGUGAGAUGGAGGCGUUUGUGAACCAGCACAAGUCCAAGGCCAUCAAGCGGCAGACAGUCAUCACCACCAUGACCACCCUGAAGAAGAACCUGGCUGACGAGGACGCCAUGUCUUGCCUGGUGCUGGGCACCGAGAACAAGGAGCUGCUGGUGCUGGACCCUGAGGCUUUCACUGUAUUGACCAAGAUGAGUCUUCCCAGCGUCCCUGUGUUCCUGGAGAUUUCAGGCCAGUUCGAUGUCGAGUUCCGGCUUGCUGCUGCCUGCCGCAACGGGAACAUCUAUAUUCUGAGAAGAGACUCCAAGCACCCCAAGUACUGCAUUGAGCUGCGCGCCCAGCCCGUUGGGCUUGUCCGGGUACACAAGGUCCUGGUGGUGGGCAGCACCCAAGACAGCCUGCACGGCUUCACCCACAAGGGCAAGAAGCUGUGGACAGUGCAGAUGCCCGCACCCAUCCUGACCAUGAACCUCCUGGAGCAGCGCUCCCGGGGUCUGCAGGCCGUCAUGGCCGGACUGGCCAACAGUGAGGUCCGCAUCUACCGCGACAAGGCCCUGCUCAACGUCAUCCGCACCCCGGACGGAGUGACCAGCCUUUGCUUUGGCCGCUACGGGCGGGAAGACAACACCCUCAUCAUGACCACAAAAGGAGGCGGCCUCAUUAUCAAGAUCCUAAAGCGCACAGCCGUAUUUGUGGAGCGGGGAGGUGAGGUGGGCCCCCCACCAGCCCAGUCCAUGAAGCUCAGCGUGCCCCGCAAGACCCGGCUCUACGUGGACCAGACCCUGCGAGAGCGUGAGGCUGGCACCGCCAUGCACCGAACCUUCCAGACAGACCUCUACCUGCUGCGCCUCCGCGCCGCCCGGGCCUACGUGCAGGCCCUUGAGUCCAGCCUGAGCCCCGUGUCUGCGACAGCUCGGGAGCCACUCAAGCUGCAUGCAGUGGUCCAGGGCCUGGGCCCCACCUUUAAGCUCACACUGCACCUGCAGAACACCUCGAUGGCCCGGCCCAUCGUGGGGCUCCUGAUCUGCUUCCUGUACAACCAGGCGUUCUAUGCCCUGCCCCGGGCCUUCUUCAAGGUCCCAUUGCUGGUGCCAGGGCUCAGCUACCCCCUGGAGACCUUUGUGGAGAGUCUCAGUGACAAGGGCAUCUCAGACAGCAUAAAGGUGCUGGUGCUUCGGGAAGGUCAGGCCGCGCCUCUGCUGAGUGCCCACGUCAACAUGCCUGUGAGCGAGGGGCUGGCAGCCGCCUGACCCUACAAACCUGUGUGGAGCCAGAACCAGGGGACACACCAGCUCCGCUGGCUGGCAGGGCUCCACACAGCAGACAGUGCCCCUCUUUGCUCCUCAAUGCCCCUUUCUCACCAACCCCACCGCUGUGCCUAGGGCAGCAGGUCAGCGAGCCCCCAGAGGGUUCAGCUCCUUCUCCUUCAGCUCCUGCUGCUCCUCCGCCCCCACCCCUGGUAUUCUCCCGAAACCAGACCCAGGUCCAAAGGAGCAGCAUGGACUGCGUAGAGGUGAGGUGAGGGGAGAGGCCCAGCCCUUCUCCUUGGCCUCUUCCCUUUGGCCCGUCACUCUGCUGCCAAGGUCUGAGACAGCCCUGUUCCCAGCUCGGCUUGUAGGCCAAGUACAUGCUGUGGGCUCCCCUCAUCGGCUGACCAAGGGGCCCCUCCUUCUGUUCCGAAGGCUUCCCUGAAAUCUUGGACUCGGCCAGGGUCUUAGCCCUACGAUGCUCCGGAAGGCUGCGGAACGGUAGAGGGCAGCCCCCACAGGGCGCUGAGGACCACACACAGCUGCCCCCAACCUGGAUACUCAUGCCCAGCAGAGGAAGGCUAAGCCAGGCAGAGCAGAGGUGGGGCCAGGGUACACAGGGGAGGUGUCACAGAACUGCCCAUCGAGAUGCCCUCUUCAGCCCUGGCCCCCAGCUCAGUCAUGUGGGCAGACAGUUCAUGGGGCAGCAGCCACAGUGUGAGAGAAUUAGCUGGAAAGCCAAGGGCCAGCGACCCUGGGUGCCUCCAGGAGCCCCUGGCACAUCUGCCUGGCCCACCUCCCUGUCCUCCUCUGUGGGGCUGGUGCUAUAGGGGCCACCCUGUGGCACUUGUGAGCCAGGAUCCAUGCCCCCUGGAGAUCUUUACUGUCCCCUACCUGACCAGGUGCAGCCCAUUGCUGGUGGACAGCUCAGCUUAGGGGAGGUAACCAAGCCCUCUGGGCUUCAGUGUCCCCACAUGUAAAAUGAGGGCUUCUGACCAGACUGUAACCUUCUUCAACUCUGACACCCCAUCAACUUGGCAGCCCCUCAGGAGAAAACGAGGAGCCGGCUCCAGAAAGGUGACACUUGACAGGAAUCACUGCAGAACUUUUGCUUUUGAGCCAAGGGCCCAAGCCUCUGUGCCCAAGACACAGUGGGAGACAGGGUGACAGCCACAGCCCACCCUGCCCUUGGCAUGGUGAGGGAAGUAAGGGGCCUGGCCCAAAGAAAGAACCCGUCCCCUCUUCUCUGCCUGCCCGGCCACAGUUGAAGCAGCCACUCACUAACACAGUGUCGUUGGGUUAGGAUGGCGAAGGGUUUCCGGAUCUAAGGGUUUCCAGAUCAAGCCAGCACAGGCACAGCUGGGACAAGCAGGAGCUUAACCUGGAAAUGGAAAGAUGUGGCUUGGAGGGAGUGUCGCCCCCAAGGGCAGCUGUCAGUCAGAGAUUUCAACUUAACCUGGAAGAACUUUCUAAUGGAGCUUACCAGACAGGGAAGUACCUAGAAGGCAACCAGCUCCUUGUCCCUGGAGCUGUGCAAGCAGAGGCCAGGCUGUCACGUGGAGGGUAGUGUGCUGGGCCAGGCGACAUCACCGUCCCUUCACCCCACUUAAGCUAGGAACAAGGAACUCAGAAUAAGAAAGUCUGAUCCAAGUCCUACUCAGAGCUAUUAAUAAAUGAGGAGGAGGAGAAACCGCGCCUACCUGUGCCCAUUGCCUAAGGUGGAUUUAUAAAGUGUGAUACUUUUUUCCCCAGUUGCCAGUGGGUGAGUUCUGACUCAUGGCGAGUUCAAGUGUAAUACUCUGUAACAUAUAGUGUAAUACUGUCGUUAGUUGUCAAGUCAGUAUUGACUCACGACAACCCUGUGUGUGCAGAGUCAAACUGCUGUGUUGAGUUUUCAAGGCUGUGACCUUUCAGAAGCAGAUUGCCAGGCCUGUCUUCUGAGGUACCGGUGGGUUCGAAUCGCCAGCCUUUCUUCUAAUAAUCGAGCGCUUAACCAUUUGCGCCACCCAGGGACUCCAGUAAUACAUGCCCCUUAUUAAAAAUAGAUAUGUGAACUGCACUGUGGACAAGUGUACACCAAACAAUAUAAAGAAGAAAAAGUACCCGGUUCCCACUGCACGUACUGGUUAGAGCUAAGGAAAUUGUGUACAUUAAGGAUGAGGAAAAGGAGGUUAAAGUCACUGUCCUUUUUUUUUUAAAAAAAAAUAUCAAAAAGCAUGUACCUACUUGUUAGGUGCCAUUGAGUCGGUUCCGACUCAUAGCAACCCUAUGUACAACAGAACCAAACACUGUGCCAUCCUCACAAUCAUUGUCAUGUUUGACCCCAUUGUUGCAGCCACUGUGUCAAUCCAUCUCGUUGAGGGUCAUCCUCUUUUUUGCUGACCCUGUGCUUUACCAAGCAUAAUGUCCUCCUCCAGGGACUGAUCCCUCCUGACAACAUGUCCAAAGUAUGUGAGACAAAGUGUCACCAUCCUUGCUUCUAAGGAGCAUUCUGGUUGUACCUCUUCCAAGACAGAUUUGUUCUUUCCUUUGGCAGUCCAUGGUCUAUUUAAUAUUCUUCACCAACCCUGUCUCUCAAAGGCAUCAGUUUUUCGGUCUUCCUUAUUCAUUGUCCAGCUUUCACAUGCAUAUGAGGCAAUUGAAAACACCAUGGCUUGGGUCAGGUGCACCUUAGUCCUCAAGGUGACAUCUUUGCUUUUGAACACUUUGAAGAGGUCUUUUGCAGCAGAUUUGCCCAACGCAAUGCAUCAUUUGAUUUCCUGACCGCUGCUUCCAUGGGUGUUGAUUGUGGAUUCAAGUAAAAUGAAAUCCUUGACAACCUCAAUGUUUUCUCCAUUUAUCAUGAUGUUGGUUAUUGGUCCAGUUGUGAGGAUUUUUGUUUUCUUUAUGUUGAGGUGCAAUCCAUACUGAAGGCUGUGGUCUUUGAUCUUCAUCAGUAAGUGCUUCCUCUUCACUUUUAGCAAGCAAGGUUGUGUCAUCUGCGUAACGCAGGUCGUUCAUGAAUCUUCCUCCAGUCGUUAUGCCCCAUUCUUCAUAUAGUCCAGCUUCUUGAAUUAUUUGCUUAGCAUACAGAUUGAGUAAGUAUGGUAAAAGGAUACAAUUCUUGAUGCACACUUUGCCUGAUUUUAAACCACACAGUAUCCCGUUUUUCUGUUUGAACAGCUGCCUCGAUCUGUGUAUAGGUUCCUCAUGAGCACAAUUAAGUGUUCUGGAAUUCCUGUUCUUUGCAAUGUUAUCCGUAAUUUGUUAUGAUCCACACAGUCAAAUGCCUCUGUGUCGUCACUAAAACACAGGAAAACAUCCUUCUGGUAUUCUCUGCUUUCAGCCAGGAGCCAUCUGGCAUCAGCAAUAAUAUCCCUGGUUCCAUGUCCUCUUCCGAAUCCAGCUUGGGUAUCUGGCAGUUCCCUGUAAAUGUAUUGCUGCAGCCGCUUUUGAAUAAUCUUCAGCAAAAUUUUACUUGCAUGUGAUAUUGAUAUUGUUUGAUAAUUUCCACAUUCGGUGGGAUCACCUUUCUUUGGAAUAGGCAUAAACAUGGAUCUCUUCCAGUCAGUUGGCUGCGUAGCUGUCUUCCAUAUUUCUUGGAGUAGACAAGUGAGGACUUCAGCCCUGCAUCUGUUUGUUGAAAUAUCUCAGUUGGUAUUCCAUCAAUUCUGGAGCCUCGUUUUUCACCAAUGCCUUCAGUGCAGCUUGGACCUCUUCCUUCAGUACCAUUGGUUCCCGAUCAUAUCCUACCUCCUGAAAUGGUUGAAUGUUGACUCUGUAUUUCUUCCAUCUUCUUUUGAUGCUUCCUGCAUCGUUUAAUAUUUUCCCCAUAGAAUCCUUCAGUAUUGCAACUUGAGGCUUGAAUAUUUUUCUUCUAUUCUUUCAGCUUGAGAAAUGCUGAGUGUUCUUCCCUUUUAGUUUUCUAACUCCAGGUCUUUGCACACUUCGUUGUAAUACUUUGUUUUCUCUAGCCACCCUUUGAAAUCUUCUGUUCAGCUCUUUUACUUCAUCAUUUUUUCCGUUUGCUUCAGAGUCUCUUCUGACAUCCAUUUUAGUCUUUUCUUUCCUGUCUUUUGCUUUCUUCAUGUGUGAUGUUCUUGAUGUCAUCCCACACCUCAUCUGGUCUUCAGUCAUUAGUAUUCAAUGAGUCAAGUCUAUUCUUGAGAUAGUCCCUGAAUUCAGGUGAGAUAUACUCAAGGUUGUACUUUGGCUCUUGUGGACCUGUUUUAAUUUUCUUCAACUUCAGCUUGAGUUUGCAUAUGAGCAAUUGAUGAUCUGUUCUACAGUCAGCCUCUGGCCUUGCUCUGACUGAUGAUAUUGAACUUCUCCAUUGUCUCUUUCCACGGGUGUAGUUGGUUUGAUUCCUGUGUAUUCCAUCUGGCAAGGUCCAUGUGUAUAAUUGCUGUUUAUGUUUUUGACAAAGGUAUUUCCAAUUAAUAGGUCGUUGGCUGCAAAAUUCUAUCAUUCGCUCUCCAGUGUAGUUUCUAUCACAAAGGCCAUAUUUUCCAACUUUGUUCCAACUUUGUUUCCAACUUUCUCGUUUCAAUCACCAAUAAUUAUCAAUGCAUCCUGAUUGCAUGUUCAGUCAAUUGCAGACUGCAGAAGUUGAUAAAAAUCUUCAGUUUCUUCAUCUUUGGCAUUAGUGGUUGGUACAUAAAUUUGAAUAAUAGUCGUAUUAACUGGUCUUCCUUGUAGGCAUACGGAUAUUAUCCUAUCACUGACAGCACUGUACUUCAGGAUAGAUCUUGAAAUGCUCUUUUCCUCAAUGAUUAUGACACCAUUCCUCUUCAAAUUGUCAUUCCCAGCACGGACCAUAUGAUAGUCCAAUUCCAAAUGGCCAUUACCAGUUCAUUUCAGCUCACUAAUGCCUAGAAUAUCAAACUUUUUAAGCAUUCCAUUUCAUUUUUGAGAACUUCCAAUUCUCCUAGAUUCAUACUUCGUACAUUCCACAUUCUGAUUAUAAUGGAUGUUUCAAAGGCUGCACUCUAUGGAAGCUGACUGCCACAUCUUCAGCAGCUGUUAGAUUUGAAACACUGACCUAUUCAGCAGGUCAUUUAUACUAAUUGCUAAUUCUUCCCCCAGGAGUCCCUAGGUGGCACAAACAAGCACUUGACUGCUAACCAAGAGGGUGGUGGUUUACAGGUACCCAGAGGUGCGUCAGAGGAAAGGUCUGGUGAUCCGUGCCUGAAAGAUGACAGGCUCAACGGCAACAGCAACAACAAAGUCUUCUACCGGUUCCACUAUCUCCCCGUGCUUCAGUGAAGCCGCCUGCUCCCGAGGCUGCUACAGAGCUGCGCUCCUAGGGCUUCCCUUUGCCUCUCCCGGGCUACAUCCCCUGAUUCCUGGACCCCAUGUCUUUUCCGGGCUACAUCCCCGGAUUCCUGGACCCCAUGUCUGUCUUCUCCGGGCUACAUCCCCUGAUUCCUGGACCCCAUGUCCUCUCCCUUUAUAGUUCUUUUACCCUUCAUUUGGUGAAGAAGCCUAUCUUCAGGUACCUUCUUUCAAAAGUCAUUAGAGUUAAAAAUUCUAAGACAUUGCUUGUGUGAAACUUUAUUCAGUUCUCACACUCAUGAUAGCUUGGCUGAGGUAUAAAACUCAAAGUUGAAAAUCAUUUUCAUGUAGGCAAGGACUCCUUGGUCUUCCAGCUCCUGGUAAUGCUUACUGAGCAGUUCCAUGCCAUUCCUACUUCUUCUCUUUCUUUGAGGGUUCGACGUUUCAGGACGUGCCUUCCUGUGUACCCUACUCGUUGUGCUGGGCACUACUUAGUCGGGGGACACAUACAUCCAUCCUUCAGUUUCAGGAAAUUUUGUUUGCAUCCUUUCUUUAGGGAUUUUCUCCCCUUUUUUUCUCUGUUCUCUCUGGAGCGCCUGUUAAGCCCAGCAUCUGAUAAAUUGUAAUUCCAGAAAGAAUUAGCAUUGAUUCUCUGAUUUUCUUCUGUCAUAUUGUCUUUCUGUUCAGUUUUCUGAGAUAGUUCUAUCUUCCAGCUCUUCUCCUGAAUUUUUUUAAUUUCCAACUCCUCUCAUCAAUCCUUAAUUGUGAUAUUUUUUCAAAGAUGCAGUAUCUUCUCACUUGUCUGAGAACAUUCUCUUUUUUUCUUUCAUUCCUUGCAUUAUCACUGUUUCCUCUGAGUUUUAUCCAAGCUUAGUGCUGGGUACACGUGGAGGGACCAUUCCUCAAAAUUUUUAACCAGCCCUGAUUAAGAGUUUGUGACUUGAAUUGAAUACCUGGGUGGUCCAAAAGGCCCCAAGUUGGAAAUUUAGUUUAAAGCUGGGCAAGGUUUGUGUGUCAUCAGGCAACUGACAGACAAAAACAUUUCCUCUCUUGAGUAAUUUACUUUUAACCCAAUCCCAAAGAAUCCCCAUUGAUAAGAUUCUAGGAAAUAUGAACUCAGUGUCCAAAAUCACAAAUUGCAGGAAAAAAAGGUAUAAUGCCUGAGCAAGAACCAACAGAAACAAAAGCCUGCAGAAUCAGACUCACAAGGAUUUAUUGCAAUUACCAAACACAGAAUAUAAAAUGUUUUCAAUAUAUUUAAAGAAAAUAUGAGUAAAGAGCAAGAGAUUAUGUAAAAUGCUGAAGCAGAUUUGAAAAGAACUAGAAAAGUAAAAUAUUUGAAAUGGAUCAACUGGUAAAACUUUAAAAAAAAAAAAAGCUGGAUAGGUUUAGCAACUGAAGAGAGAAGUAACUGGAUGAUAGAGCUGUAGGAAUUACCCAGAAUGACCAGGAACAGAGAGAGGUAACGGGAGCUAUUAAAAAGCAAGAAGGAUGGAGUAGAAAGGGCACAGGAAGUAUCCCAAGAUAUAAUGAUGGAGAAUUCUCUAGCACUGAUCAAAGACAUCAGUUCACAGAAUCAGUAAACCCAAUGAAUCCCAACAGAGUAAGUGAGAAGAAGUCCACGACUGGGCACCUCGUCGUAAGAACAGAGCACACCAAAGAUCCUAAAAGGAGAGACCGAAGUGGCUUCGUGAGGAAAAAGCUUGGAAGCAGUGGUAAUUGUUGUACGACACAGCGGAUAUAAUAAACGUCACUGACUUGUGCGUGUCAGAAUGGCGGAGAUGGUAAAUGUUACAUUUCACCACAAGAAAAAUGUUUUCAAAAAGUGAUCUUCAAAGGAUCAACCACAACAAAAGGAUGACAGAUGACUUAACAGCAACAAAGGAGACCAAGAGAUAGCAGUAUAAUAUCUUCAACGUUUCGAGAGAAAGUAACUACGGGAAAACCUGUGCACGUCAGAACCUGUGUAAGACAGAAACCUGGCAGAGAAGGAAAACUCAAAUAUUUUCCGCUAAAACGAGCUAUAGAAAAGUGGUAUAUUUCUGCCCUGUCAAAGGCAGAAAACUUGUGAGACCUGGGAAAACAAGGCAGUCUUGUCAAGUUCCAGCUUUCAGAGGUUUCACUGUAUUAACCUAGAGUUCUACACCCAGCAAAAAUAACUUUAAAUAAAAAUAAUUAAAAAAAAAAAAAACUAGAAAAGGUGGGACAAACAGCACAAAAUAAGGUGAUAGAAAUAUAUCCAAGUAUAAAAUUACAGUAAAUAUAAAUGACUGAACACUUGAAUUAGAAUACAAAAGAUGUUAUUUAGAUAAUAAAAUCCGUCUGUAGUCUUCUUAAGAGACAAAGAUUGAAAAUAAAACUCAGCAUAUUUGGAAUAGAAGUUCCUCAGCUUAAUGAAGGGCAUAGGACAUCAUGCUUGGUAGAGGGUCAGCAAAAAGAUGAAGACCCUCAACGAGAUGGACUGACACAGUGGCUGCAACAAUGGGCUCAAGCAUAAAAAUUGUGAGGAUGGCGCAGGGCUGACCGGCCAGUGUUCCGUUCUGUGGUACAUGGGGUCGCUAUGAGUCGGAACCGACUCGACAGCACCUAACAAUAAAAAACCCACGAAUUGACUCGACAGCAACAAGUUUAUAAAAACCCACAGCAAACAUAUUUAAUGGUGAAAUACUGAAAUUAUUCCCUUUGAGGGCAAAACAAGUCAAGUGUUUGCUACCUUUAUUCCACACUAUAUGGCAGUCUCACCCAUCUUGAAGGAGCAAGAAAUGCAAUUAUAAGAAUUAAAAGGAAGAACAAAACUGUCUUUUCAUAGAUGAUAUGAUUCUAAAUAUGAACUGAGAGGAAUCUACACGUAAAUUAUAAGAAUAAAUUUUGACAAAUUUGCUGGACACAUUCUACUUUCAAAAACUAUGUAUAAUAGCAUAAAAAUAUCAAGUACUUAAGAAAAAAUGAACAAAGUCAUGAUCUGAGAAAAAAUAUGUAACUUUAUUGAAAAAACAUUAAAUACAGAAAUACACCAUGUUCAUGAACUGGAAAAUUCAAUUUCAUGGAGACGUCAAUUUCCCCAAACUGAUGCAUUGAUUCAGUCUGGUUCCAUUCACAAUCUCAAAGGGGUUUUUAUGGGUGGGACCUGAUAAGCUGACUCUAAAAUUUAUAUGGAAGACAACAGACCAAGAAUAGACUUUAGCGGAUGAUACAAGGGUAGACAAAAUGACCAGUGAAACAAAUAGAAAACUAAACUGUAGUCUUUGCAGUGGAUCGCUGUCCAGCAGGGAAAAGGGGACCCCAUAGCUACGUGCAUUAAUGUGGAUAAAUGUCAGACACAUAACGAGUGAAAAGCCAAGUCAGAGAAGAAUGAACAUGGUAUAGAUUCCAUUUAUAUAAAAUUCACAAACAUACCAAACUAAUACCAGCUUAGGAAAUAAAACUAUACAGCAACGCCAGGGAAUGCCUAAGACUGUGUUUCCCCUACACGGAGGGGGGUCACGAGGGACGUCAAAUGUGGUGGUGGUCCUUUUCUCACAUGGGGGUGGAGGGGCAGGUUGUUGCUCUUUGUUUUACUAAUAUUUCCUGGCAUCUCAUCACUAUUUAACAAAGAGCAAGAGAAUAA